GUGACUUCUAGUAUAUUUACAGUUACAUUAUAUGUAUUUUUGCCAACAAUAAAUAGCAAACCAAUUUCCUUACCAAUGACUAGAUGGAUUCCGUAUUCUAUUAACUCAAGAACAAUAUUUUGGAUUACCUACAUAAGUGAUAGCAUAAUUGGUUAUGUUAUGGCAUUAACAUACGCAUCAUUGGAAUCGCUUUUUAUAAUUUUUAUGCAACAAAUGGACACCCAUCUUGACAUUCUCAUUACUCGUUUAUUGAAAUUGCAAAAUAUUAGACAAAAUAGUAUUGAAAAAGUAGAUAAUUAUCAACAAGAAUGUAACCUCAUAAAAGAAUGUGUAAAUCAUCAUCUUUGUAUUUUUUCAAUGGAAAAGACAUUGAAUAACAUAUUUAGUCUCAAUAUCUUUUUUCAGUUCUUCGUUUCUAUAUUAAAUAUAUGUACUAGUUGCUUUUGUUUACUAAAAGCUAAAGUAAAUAGUGGAGAUUUUUGGUUGUCAAUAAUGCUGAUGAGUUGUUUUACUACUCAAAUAUUUAUCUAUUGCAUUAUAGGUGAAAGUUUAACGUUUAAGAGUUUAUCCAUUUCUGAUGAAAUAUAUAAAAUGGAUUGGACAGUGUUAAAAACACAAACAAAAGAAAAAUUAAUGUUGAUGAUGAUAAGAUCAAAUCGCCACAUAAAAUUUACUGGUGCUUCAAUAAUUACAUUAUGUUUAGAAACACUUUUAAAAGUUGUAAAAGCAUCUUACUCAUCUUUUAACUUAUUAAGGCAGACCAAUUAAAUCAACAUUGAUACUUGAUACAUAUAUGGAAAUUUAUUUUUAAUAACAUAUCGCAACAAAAAAAGUGUCAUGUACUUUAGACAAAAAUAUUUUACACUCAUGUAUAUUGAAUUUUUAAAAUCUGACUUCAGAUUCGUAAUCAGCGACUCCAAAAACCCCUAGGUACCAAGUUUCAUACAAAUCCAUCACUUUUUAAAAAAAAGUCGUUUAUCACUAAAAAUCCGACAUGUUUGUUAAGGUUAAGAAAAAAAUGCUGAUGUGAUAAAGAAAACGAAUUUCAGGUUCGUGUUCAGGACACCAAAAUACAUGGGGGUAAGGUUUAAACUACAUGACACUUUUUUUUGUAGGUCUGUGUAAUUAAUGUAAAUGCACAUUAAUAAACACCCAAAUAGCACAACAUAUUACCACAAUAUUGCAGCAAUAUUUCAUGUCAGUAUCCCAGUGUGCAAGGAUACAGAACAAUUCUGUAACAGUUCUAGAACAAAAAAAAA